GAGAGGCUUAGAGAGGAGGAGGAGGGGGAAGGGAAGAAGUGGAAGAGGAAGAGGAGGGACAAAGGCGGAUGAAGGAAAGGAGAAGGAAGUGCGCAGUCGUGUCCUCCGUGAAUUCGCAGCCCCCACCUGUGGGAUCAUCGCCCCCCUAUCCCGCAGGGAAGGAUCUGAGGAUGGAGAGCAUGGAGGACAAAUCCCCUUGGCAGAACCUCGUGGAAGAGGCCGUUCUGAGCGGCUCCACGGUGCAGGAAUCCAAAAGGGAGGAAAAACCCCAGAGAUCCCACAUGAGGAGGGGCUGCAAACUCAGAUUGCGGGGAUCUGAGGAAGAACCAUCCACCCUGGGCUGGGAAGGCAGCCAGAGAUCAAGCCAGAGCUCACAGCUGGUAGUCCAUGAGCAGGCUCAUGAUGGGGAGAAGCCCCACAAGUGCUCGGAGUGUGGGAAGAGCUUCAGGUCAAGCUCCCACCUGAUCAGCCACCAAAGGACCCACACUGGGGAGCGGCCCUACAACUGUGGGGAGUGUGGGAAGAGCUUCCGGUGGAGCUCCGCGCUGACCCUGCACGAGAGAAUCCACACUGGGGAGAGGCCCUAUGAGUGUGGGGAGUGUGGGAUGAGCUUCAGACGGCGCUCCAACCUGAUCAGGCACCAGGUGACACACACUGGGGAGAGGCCCUAUGAGUGUGGGGAGUGUGGGAAAAGCUUCAGCCAGACCUUCAACCUGAACCAGCACCAGAGGAGCCACACUGGUGAGAGACCCUACAAGUGUGGGGAAUGUGGGAAGAGCUUUAGCUACAAUUCCACCCUGAUCAAACACCAAAUGAUCCACACUGGAGAGAGGCCCUAUCAGUGUUCCGAGUGUGGGAAGGGGUUUAAGACCAGCUCCAAUCUCCUCCUGCACUAUCGGAUUCACACAGAGGAGAGGCCCUUCUGCUGCCCCGACUGCGGGAAGGGAUUCACAGACAACUCCAUCCUCAUCCAGCAUCGGCGCAUCCACGCCAAGGAGAGGCCCUACGAGUGUGGGGAAUGUGGGAAGAGCUUCACACGGAGCUCCCACCUGGUCAGCCACCAGAUGAUUCACACUAAGGAGAGGCCCUACCAAUGUGGGCAAUGUGGGAAGAGCUUCAAACUGAGCUCCAGCCUAAUCCAGCACCAGAGGACCCACACUGGUGAGAGACCCUACGAGUGUGGAGAAUGUGGGAAGAGCUUCAGCCACAAUUCCACCCUGAUCAGACACCAAAUGAUCCACACUGGGGAGACACCCUAUGAGUGUUCCGAGUGUGGGAAGGGGUUUAGGACCAGCUCCCAUCUCAUCCUUCACUAUCGGGGUCACACGGAUGAGAGGCCCUUCUGCUGCCCUGACUGUGGGAAGGGAUUCAAGUUCAACUCCACCCUCGUCAGGCACCGGCGCAUCCACACUGGGGAGAAGCCCUAUGAGUGUCCCCAGUGCAGGAAGAGGUUCUCCAGCAGCUCUCACUUGACCCAACACCAACAGAGUCACCAGUAAGGGAAGCCCUGCAAGUGCCCCAAGUGCGGGAAGAACUUCGUGCGCUGCUCCAAUUCCAUCCCCCACUGGAGGACCCACAUUGGGCAGAGCCCUGGUGACCCACAUUCCUUGUGAUCCAUGUUGGGAAGACACCUGGCUACUUAUCCAUUUGGUUUGACCUUAAUUUUUUUCUCUUCUCAAUCCCUCUGCACUCCAAAAGCCAAGAGGGAUCAAUCUGCCAGUUUAAAACCACUCAAAUCCCACUGAAAACAAAUGACUUUUAACAUAAGGGCUCAAUCCCACCUCACAUUGCUUGUUCCCUCUCAAAAAAACUCAAUCCCAUGCUAAACUCACUUGAUUUCACAGUUGCUGGAUGAGAUGGGGAUGGGAGGAGAUUGGGAGAAGUGGGAUCCCAGUUAGGAGUGGUGGGAUGAGGAUGUUGUGGGGCCGGCUGGGUGGGAUGUAUUUGAUAGCAAAUAAAACUUUCUGCAGGAGAAGAGGAGAGCAGGAAUCACGUGGCCCUGGCGCUGCCUGAAGUCACUGCAGCCCCAGGACCAUUGCCCCCCAUCCCACAGGUGCCCAGGGAGGGGGAGCUCAGCCCAAAUAUCCUGGGGGGUCCCUGUGAUAGUAAAAGGGUUUUAAAAUAAUGGGGAUUUGGGGAGUUAGAAGGAAAGUUAGGCUUAGUAGGCCCUGGGAAAGUAUAGGCCUUGUACUUGCUAGAACUGCACCUGCAUAGCUAGAGUAUGAUAAAUGAUACAAUUGUUAGAUGCGAUGAUUGUUUAGUAAUUAAAUAUAAUUACUGUUUAUUCGUAAGAAGAAUCAUGAAAAACUGUGGUCAGGGGCCUAAGAAAGAUCACAGGAAAUUCAUGCUUGAAUAAUAUCAAAGUAUACAAUAGAACAAUAUAAGUUUAAUAAUUAAUAUGUAAGCUAUAUAACGAUAGAAUAUAAAAUAUGUUCAGCUUGAAAGCCA